AUGGCAUGGAGUGUUCGAACACGAAAAUUAGCAGCUUUAAUUAUGGGUUAUAUUUGUAUAUCUGUAUUUUUUUCAUUAACAACUUAUAUUGUUUAUGUAUUUUAUACAACUAUUGCACCAAGUGUCUAUCAAAGAAAAGAAUAUAAUAAACUUAUUUUUCAUCUUAUAUUUGGUAAUUGGUUAGGAAUAAAUAUCUAUUUUAAUUAUAUUAUGGCAUGGUUAACAUCACCUGGUUUAGCUAAAAAUUAUCAAGAAUUAGCAGCUCAAUAUCCUACAUGUAAAAAAUGUGCAAUGAAUAAACCACCUCGAACUCAUCAUUGUAGUUGGUGUGAUUUAUGUGUAUUAAAAUUUGAUCAUCAUUGUCCUUGGCUCAAUAAUUGUGUUGGUUUUUAUAAUCAUCGUUAUUUCAUUCAAUUUUGUUGUUUUAUGGCAACUGGAUGUGUCUAUGCUGGUAUGUUCGGUUAUCGUGAAUAUCAAAUUGGUAUACUAGGAUCACAAGUGUAUCAUUAUACAGAUUCAAUUUUUAAACCAUUUGAUAUUCUUGAAGCAAUGGAAAUAUCUGGUUUUAUUACAUAUUAUAUAUUUAUUGCUGCAUUUACAAUUGCUUUUCUUCUAAUUGGUCUUAUAUUAUGGCAUGGACGUAUGAUAGGUCGUGGUGAAACAUCACUUGAACGUGUACUUAAUAAUCACUAUGCUGAACAAUAUUAUGAUCAAGGUUUUGUUUUUGUUAAUCCAUAUGAUUUUGGUUUUUUAGAAAAUUGGAAACGAUUUUUAAAUGUUAAAACAAUUGGACAAUUUAUUCGACGAAUUCUUUUACCAAGUACACAUAAACCAGAAGGUAAUGGAAUAACGUGGGAUGGUUAUAAUGUGAAUACUAAUUUACAAUUACAUCGACAUGAUUCAAGACAAACAACACGACCGAUUGCUUUUCCUCCUGGUAUUCACCCUAAUUUUCCUGGUGGUUACUCAACUAAUAGAUUUCGAUCAACAAUUGUACCACCAUGGGAACAACAACCGAAACCAAUUAAAAUUUCAAAUGGUUAUCAACCGAAAACACCUUCAACAGAGAAAACUGAAUCAUUCAAAGAUCAAUAA